GUUGAGUAAAUGCAGAAAUAGUUUAAGAGUUUCAGAGCUUCAGAGUAUAAAAUUAAUCGUGUACAAAAAUCACUCAUGCAAAAUUAACGGUAUUUGUGGUAAAAAAAACACAAAAAAAAUAAAAUAAAUUUUAAAAACAUUAACCCCAAUGACUGCUCAAGAAAUCGGCGUUCAGCUUAAGAAUGAUCUUGAAAUACGAAUCGCGAAAGUAUUUAGCGUAUUCGAUGUUCACAGCGACAAUUUCAUCGAUACUCGAAAUAUUGGCAACGUGCUGAGAAUUCUGGGCUGUGCGCCAACGGAAAAGGAGGUACAUGAGAUCAUGUUGGCCACCGAAUCCGCCGAAGAGCCCGGAGAAACCCAUCUGUCCAAGUUCAUCGCACACAUCACGAAGCUCCUUAUGGAUGAAGCAAUGAAGCCCGCAUCCUCAGAUGAAAUACUCGAUGCCUUCAAAGUCUUGGAUCCCGAGAACAAGCUCUAUCUAACCAAGGAGUACUUUGGCAAGUUGAUGUCCGAAGAUGGGGAGCCCUUUAACGAGGAAGAGAUGGCGGAUAUGUGGGCUGUGGCCAUUGAUCCCAUCACCGACAAUAUCCCCUAUGAGUUCUACAUAAACCAAUUGAAGCACAAGACCGACUUGUACGAUAUGGCUUAUCAAGUGAAAGACCAGAUUGCACGCGCCGAAAAGGAUCGCAGAAGGCCCGAUCGUAUGCGUAGCAGGACACACUUUGCUAAUUAACACAAUAUUGGGGGUAUUUGUAAAAAAAACCACUAAAACUAUGUAAAUUCUUUUUCUGGAAUAACAACAAUUUGUACGUGAAAACCUAAA